CACAUGCUAUCUCUAAAAUCUUUAGGACAAGUCACACCUUACAUAGUGGCGGCUCGAAAACAUUUUCCAAAUUACCAUCCUUCUAAGUUGUAGAAUUUAGAGGACGUCAUUGCAUUGCAACUUCAUUGCGGCACCAAUUUAUGACAAUAGCAUCAGCUUCCCUAAACAAUCACUUAAAUUGUGAUACUUCAGAAAAUCAGACUGCGGGGAUGCAAAAAAUUCCUCACUCUGAGUAUCCUGACUGGUAUUCACCAGACUCAGGAAUCUGCCGUAGCCAUUAUCCCUCCAUAGAUUUGCCCUCCGACCCAUUUCUUGAUGUCGUCUCUUUCAUCUUCUCAUUCCAACAUAAUGGGGUUUCAGCUUUAAUUGAUUCCUCAACUGGACAUUCAAUAUCUUACAGAGAAUUGUAUCCUCUUGUCAAGUCCAUGGCUUGUGGGCUCGACAAGUUGGGUAUUUCACAAGGAGACGUGGUUCUGAUUCUGCUACCAAAUUCCAUUUUGUAUCCCAUUAUCCUUCUGGGUGUUCUGUAUUUGGGAGCAGUUGUUACGACCAUGUUUCCUCAGAGCAGUUUCUCAGAAAUCAAGAAACGAAGCAGUGAUUGCAAUGUGCGUCUGGCUUUUGCAAUACCUCAGAAGGUUGAGGAUUUUGAAGCGUUGGGAAUUCAUGCCAUUGGGGUACCAGAAAAUGUGAAUUUAAAUUCCAGGUCUAUAGGAUUUUCUUCCUUUUAUGAGCUUAUUUCAGGUGGUUUUGAUUUCAAUAAAAAGCCAGAGAUUAAACAGCAAGAUACAGCUGCUAUACUAUAUUCAUCAGGGACUACCGGAGUGAGCAAAGGGGUGAUACUGACACACAGAAAUCUUAUAGCUACGAUCGAGCUUUUUGUGCGGUUUGAAGCUUCACAGUAUGAAUAUUUGAGUACAGAGAAUGUGUAUUUAGCUGUUGUACCAAUGUUUCAUAUAUAUGGUCUCGCACUUUAUGUGAUGGGAUUACUGUCACUGGGGUCUUCUAUUGUUGUAAUGAGCAAAUUUGAUAUCAAAGAGGCAGUCAAGGCCAUUGAUAAAUAUAAUGUUACCCAUUUUCCAGUUGUUCCACCAAUAUUGACAGCUCUAACUAGGACUGCAAAGGAAAUUUGUGGACGAAGAUUUCAGAGUUUGAAACAAGUUUCUUGUGGGGCUGCUUCUUCGAGCAAGAAGGCCAUAGAGGAAUUUGUGCAGGCUCUCCCUCAUGUCGACUUCAUUCAGGGAUAUGGCAUGACUGAGUCCGCAGCUGUAGCAACUCGUGGCUUUAAUACCAAAAAGGCUCAAAAUUAUUCCUCAGUGGGACUUUUGGCACCAAACAUGGAAGCUAAAGUAGUUGAUUGCAUUAAUGGAUCUUUCUUGCCUCCUGGUAGACACGGCCAACUUUUGCUGCGGGGACCUAGUUUGAUGAAAGGGUACUUGAAUAAUACAGAGGCAACGAUGUCCACAAUAGACCAUGAAGCUUGGCUACAUACUGGAGACGUCGUUUACUUUGACCAAGAUGGAUACUUGUAUGUUAUUGAUCGCUUAAAGGAGAUUAUAAAAUAUAAAGGCUUUCAGAUUCCUCCCGCUGAUUUAGAAGCUGUGUUGAUUGCACAUCCAGAAGUUCUUGAAGUUGCAGUGACAGCGGAAGUUGAUGAAGAAUGUGGGGAGAUUCCAGUGGCAUUUAUCGUCAAGAGGCCCGGAAGCAGGCUCUCACAGAAAGAUGUUAUAGAUUUUGUUGCUCAACAGGUUGCACCAUAUAAGAAGAUCAGAAAAGUGGUUUUUACAGAAGCGCUACCGAAGUCUGCUGCUGGGAAAGUACUUCGGAGGGAA